CCCCCUUGUGUACCAGGAGGACCCAGAGCCCCCCCACAUUAAAGAGGAACAGGAGGAUUGGUGGACCAAUCGGGAUGGACAGCAGCUUCAAGGACUGGAGGAGGCUGAUAUCAAGUUCACAUUGACUCCUGUCGCUGUGAAGAGUGAAGAAGAUGAAGAGAAACUUAAAUCGUCAAAGCUUCAUCUGAGUGAGAUGAAGGAGAACAGAGCAGACUGUGGAGGACCAGAACCAACCAGGAACUCAGGUCCUGAUGCACGUUCACAACCAGGUCCUCAGGACAAGAUUGAAGACUCUUCUGAGACUGAAGAAAUGUGUCCUGCAGACGUCCAGCAACUGAUGGUGAUUAAAGAAGAGGUUCCCCCUGAGCAGCAGCAGUGGAGCCCCCUUGUGUACCAGGAGGACCCAGAGCCCCCCCACAUUAAAGAGGAACAGGAGGAUUGGUGGACCAAUCGGGAUGGACAGCAGCUUCAAGGACAGGAGGAGGCUGAUAUCAAGUUCACAUUGACUCCUGUCGCUGUGAAGAGUGAAGAAGAUGAAGAGAAACUUAAAUCGUCAAAGCUUCAUCCGAGUGAGACGAAGGAGAACAGAGUGGGCUGUGGAGAACCAGAACCUGCCAGGAACUCAGGUCCUGAUGCACGUUCACAACCAGGUCCUCAGGACAAGAUUGAAGACUCUUCUGAGACUGAAGACAGUAAGGAUGAUUGGAUGGAGACCAGGGAACCUCAGACUGGUUUAAAUACUAGAAAUAACAAACAGCCUCGAAGUGAUAUGGGACGUAAGACAGAAAAAAAAUCGCUUAGUUGCUCUGAGUGUGGUAAAAGAUUUACCCAAAAGGGCAAUCUAAACAUACAUAUGAGGAGUCAUACAGGAGAGAAACCAUUUAGUUGCUCUGAGUGUGUUCAAAGAUUUACCCGAAAGGAGGGUUUAAAUAAACAUAUGAGGCUUCAUACAGAAGAGAAGCUGUUUAGUUGCUCUGAGUGUGGUAAAAGAUUUCACCUAAGGAGCAAUCUAAAUACACAUAUGAGGCGUCAUACAGGAGAUAAACCAUUCAGUUGCUCUGAGUGUGGUAAAAGAUUUAACCAAAGGAGCAAUCUAAAUACACAUAUGAGGCAUCAUACAGGAGAUAAACCAUUCAGUUGCUCUGAGUGUGGUAAAAGAUUUAACCAAAGGAGCAAUCUAAAUACACAUAUGAGGAGUCAUACAGGAGAGAAACCAUUUAGUUGCUCUGAGUGUGUUCAAAUAUUUACCCGAAAGGAGGGUCUUAAUAAACAUAUGAGGCUUCAUACAGGAGAGAAGCUGUUUAGUUGUCCUGAGUGUGGUAAAAGAUUUAACAGUAGGAGCCGUCUAAAUACACAUAUGAGGCGUCAUACCGGAGAGAAACCAUUUAGUUGCUCUGAGUGUGUUCAAAGAUUUACCGGAAAGGAGGGUCUAAAGACACAUAUGAGGCUUCAUACAGGACAGAAACCGUUGAGUUGCUCUGAGUGUGGUAAAAGAUUUAACCAAAGGAGCAAUCUAAAUACACAUAUGAGGAUUCAUACAGGAGAGAAACCGUUUAGUUGAUUUGAGUGUGGUAAAAGAUUUAAAGAUCCCAUCGUAUGCCCAUUUUACCACAGUUGAUAUGGUUCCUUGGGGUCCUAAUGAAAUGUCUGUAACAUAUUUUGGUCAAAAUACCACAAGGAUCAUUUAAAACAGCACCCUUUUUACUCUGUCUAAAACAGCCCUCCACUGAUUGACCCGUUUUGAGUGCCCCCUCACCCCCCUCCUCCCUCCUUCACGAGAUACAAGCGCCCAGAUAUUUAGCUAUCCAUUACCUCUGUAGAAAUAGGGCUACUGGAGAUGAAGAUACAAUCUUGCAACCAUAUCGUUUUGAACCAGAGUCAGGUGGGCCGAAGCCUGGCUGCAAGAGCCCUAGCUCAGCCCCGCAGUGGGAGCAGUGGGAGCUGGAGCUGGCGCAGUUAGCUCGCGAGCUAACGCUAGCUCGCGACCCGUCAGACAUCUAAGUGGCCGAUAAACAUACUGAUCGCCAUCAUCACCAUCAUCUCACCGGCUCGCGAGCUAACGCCGGAGCCCCGGAGCUAGCAUCAGCUCACGGGCGCUCCCCCCGGAGCUAGCGUUAGCUCACAAGCUCCUGGGUGACGGAGCUCACCCCGGAGACGUUUAUUCCGGUCGUAAUCCCAUUUGACGCACUCUAGCGUAUCGUUUCUGACAUAGAGGAACCACAAAAAAUCACAGGAGUGGUUUUUUCCAGAGUUUUUGGGACGGUAGACAUGCCAGAUACCCAAAUUAACGUGUUGAAGCAAUACAAAAGUGGAAUUUUCAUAAUAAGUGCCCUUUAAGAUUCAUUCCUAUUUUACGAGACGUGAGGAUUCAUAAAGGAGAUUAUACAUAUUCAUAGUUCACUGUUUUAAAUAGACUAUUCACAGUUUUAUGUCCCUAGAAAAUAUAACUCAUUGAAUGAAAUGAAAGAUUUGUUUAUAGAUCUUGUUUCUACUGAUUUCUACAUAAUUUAUCUAUUUUUCAUAAUG